AUGUCCGAUCGCAAUCCUCUCAAAACCCCCGUACCGCCGGGGCCUGGCUACAAACUCAAUCCCGUUACCAGGCGCCAGUACCGCUUGUCCGACGAGCACUCCCCCACGCGCCAGCGCCUACACGACGACCUGCUCAGCCAGCUGACGCCCUUGUCUGCAGUCGAUGUCCUGGACCAUCCCACACCCUCACUGAAAGCAUGUCUCGAUGCCGCUACAGCUAACGAGCGAGAUUUUGUUAUGCGGACGGCUGUAGCGAGCCAGAAGAUCUACGAGUGGCUCGAUGAGCUCCUCGAAUGGCCAUGGCCUGCCGAUGGCGGCUCAGCCGGCUUUGAGGCGCCAUCUACGACCAGAAAGAAACUCUUCUUAAAGGAGACGAUUCGCUGCGACAACAGAGACAGCAGUAUCUUCCUCGGCAGCCUUGCCGCCGAUGAUGUUGCGGCCUACGACGACCGUGUCGAACAAAUUUCCCACGAGCUGGACGACCUAGAGCUCGACGAUAUUAAGACGCACGUCUUGCACAACCACAUUCUCCCGCUUUCAAGACCUGGGACCCCUUUGUCCGACACUGGCCGUCCAAUUGUAUCCAUGGCAACUUUCAACCGGCUAGACGACCUGGCUGCUGUGAUCACAGCAAUCAUCAUGCAAGCCCUUCCAAAUCUUUCCAAGCUCAGCCGUAUGCUGAAUACUUGGCGAAUUCGGAUCACCGUGCUGCGUGGCAUUCCAUCACUUCUCGCCGCCAUAACCGACGCUGAAGUUGCGCUGGAGUCGGGAUGGAGUGUCAUUUCAGCACCACCAAGAAACCCCGUGUCAGCACUCGGCAGCCCUGGCCAGGAACCUGGAUUGACCAAUGCUGAGUUUGACAUAAUGAAGGUAGUUCUGCAGAAGAAGAUCACGAGGCCUGGCCGUGACCUCGAUGCUAUGCUAGAUAGCCUUGAGGGUCAGACUGAUACAGUCCCCGAGAGCUGGAUCGAUCGCAUGGAAGCCACAGAGCAUGGGUAUGCUGCUUGGUAUGUGGCAUGUGAGCGAAAGAUCCGAGAGGCAGAAUGGGCCAAGACGGCACGGGCCAAAGCUGCCAUCAACCCUCCACAAAAGCCAAUGCAGAAGGCCACGACUGGGACGAUUGGAGAUGGUUCUCCCCUUAAGCUACGGGAUUCGAUAUCAUCAAGCAGUACGCGCGCGGCACCUGUACCCAUCACCAUUCAGCCUCCGAUUGACGAUGUCGUCGACGAUGUCUCAUCUGACAAGGAUACCGAAACUCAAACAAGAGACAUGACGCCUCCGAAGACGCCUGUUAAGUCGCAGCGACUCUCGGCAACACUCGAACCCAAGGCUCAAGACAUGAACUCGUCUUCGGGGCACCCCUCCCGAUCUCCUCUCCGGACACCCGUCUCAUUUCACAAGCGGUAUGAAAGCUAUGACGGCUCGGCAGAUGAUGUUGAUCCGGUGAAAUACGACGUGCCAUCCCCUUCGGCAUUCAAUGGCACACAGACUGCAACUCUGAGCCAAGUUCUAGGCUCACCAUCCCAUACUCCGGUUUCCCAACAAACACAUAAAGCGUUAAACGCUCAGAUCCUUGAGGAUACUGGUCAGUCAUCUCCCAUUGAUAGUCCAGGAGGCAGCCCAGGUUUCUCUGCCGGCUCAGAUGACGAGCCAGAGUUGCCGCCACUCAUUCACGGCGGCCGACGCUCCAGCUCUGCUUCUUGCUCUUCGACUGUGAUUCAUGGGUUUGCCAGCCAGGAUGGCUUCAGCGACAUGCCUGAAAUCUCCGCUUCGCCACCGCUGCCUCGCAAGCCUUUUGUUGAACAAGGCAGUGACUUGCUUUCGCCGCCUGCAUCCGAUGGACCAGACACAUCAACAUUCCCGGAAUUCGCCCGACGAAGAGACACGUCUUACUCUCGUAGCCCGUCCAGCUCACCCCCACGUCCCAGUUAUAGGGACGACAGUGCCGGCCCGAUGGUGGGACCCAUCCAUGAUGACGACGACCUGCAAUCCUCUUCAUUCAUCGAACCAUCAUCUUCCUUCAUCGAGGAAGAUCUUGAUGAGACCGUCUCAUAUGUUGGAAGCCCUCACAGAAAUUCGAUCGGAGGUGACGAGCACCUUAGACAGCAAAUCAGCGACAUUUUGCAGUCUAUCCCUGCCAACAUCAAGCUUGGAUCUACUCCUAGCAGGGUCAACCUUAACCCACCUCCACCGGACCUACCUUUUCAAAAGGCCAAAAAGCCUCUCCGGGAUCCCAUUCGACGAAGCGCGUCUAACCUGUCAUCUCGAGCAUCGACGCGGGCCUCUACCCGUGCAUCCACUCCAGCCUUUCUGCUGGCGCCGGCGUACGGCAAAAAUCCCCGCCCUAAGCGUCAACAAGGUACCGACACCAAAGUAUAUCACCUAUCGCGAUCCACUGGCGAAGCCCCAAUUAAGCUACUCAUAAGAUGUGUUGGCGAGAACGGCGAGCGUGUGAUGGUUCGUGUUGGUGGCGGUUGGGCCGACCUGGGCGAGUACCUCAAAGAGUAUGCUACACACCACGGACGAAGAUCAGGGAAUCCCGACGCCAAUACGAAGAUUGAGGUACGCGACCUGCCACGUGUAGCGACUUCUGCCAGAGCAUCAACGGCCAGUCCACCGGGUCGGCCAGUGUCUGCUAUGGAGUACUCUCCCGUGGCGCCAUUGAAUGUUCGCAAGACUAGGAGGUCUUUCGGCGCCAGCAGCCUUGGUGAGAGGUCUGCCGCUAUGGCAUCGUCUGCUAGACCACCCGCCCUGCCCAAAAUGCCGCAGACACCUGCUCCGCCGCAAGAGGCUUCAGGGCAGGAUGGUCCAUCGUCAGAUGGAUCCUCAAGGUCAAGAUCCAGCUCCCAUCUGAGCUGGGCAGAGGAGGACACGUCGCUGGGCCUUGCGGGCCCCACAGGUCGCAAGGUUGAAAUGAGCGAGGAGAGCAAAGCUUGGGUGGAGAGCGUCAAGCAGAAAGUGCGCAUCGCCAGCGGAGAGCGCAAACCAGCAGAGGAUGGACGGUUUGGGGAUAUGGGUCGCGUUGGCGGCACGAAACGACUGUUCCGGAAAGGAUGA